GUGGUGAGAAAACAAAUGGAUGCAAGUAGUGUGCCAAAGAGUGUCCCAAUAGGAAGAAACAAUAAAAAAAUGGCAAGCAAGACUUAAGGACUUAAGAAAUUAAAUACAUAGAAAGUGGGAAGAAACUAAGAAUAAAAAUACAAGUUAAUCUCACAUAAAUAUAUGAAAGGGGAAGAUCAAUGAAUUAGCCUAUACUUUCAAGCACAGAUUGUUCUUUGUGUUGACUUUUCAAUGGCUUCUUCACCAAUUAAUUACACUGCAAUAUUACCUGAAUCAGAAGAAAUUCAUAUAGAAGACAUAAUAAUUAACAUUCCUAAAGAGAUUAAGCCAGCACUGCAUGAAAUCUGUUGCAUUUACAAGGUUCCUCCAAAUCUCAGAAAGUUGAAUAAUGGAGAAUCCUAUACACCACUUUUGAUCUCAAUUGGUCCUUUCCAUCAUGCCAAAGAAGAAUUGAAGCCAAUGCAAACACAAAAACAAAGGUAUUUUCAUGCUUUUUGGAAAAGAGUAACAAAUAAAAAGUCUUUGGUCAAAUAUAAAAACUUCCUCAAAGAUAAAGAAAACAUUGAAAUGAUAAAGAAUUUCUAUUCUGAGUUUGAUGAAAACAUUAAGGAUGAUGAGUUUGUAGACUUGAUCAUGUUAGAUUCUGUUUUCAUCUUAGAACUGUUUCUAAGAAAGUCAAAGGAAUCUGAAAGGGAAAAAGAUUACAUGUUCACAACAUCAUGGAUUUGCAAGGCUAUACAAAGAGAUUUGUUACUUCUUGAAAAUCAGCUUCCAAUUUUUGUUUUGGAACAAUUACAUCACAAAGUUUUCAAGGAUAGUAAUAAUGGUUUCAAAUUUCUUGAACUUGCAUUUAACUACUUUGAAAACUUCAAUCCACAAAGAUCAAACAAGCAUCAACAUGAAGAGAUGUUAAAGAAUUGUAAAUCAUGCAAUCACUUCACUGAUUUGAUUAGAUGUUUUUAUCUUCCGAAAGAAGUUCAUGAUGAAAAGUGGUCCCGAUCGGAGAAUUUCACUAAUGUUAACAGUGAAGAUAAAUGUAUUCUUAAGACGGCGAAAAUGUUGCAUGAUGCAGGGGUUAGUUUUGAGAAAGUUAAUCAGAAAAGCUUAUUAGAAAUAAAGUUUGACAAAGUUCAGGUUCUCAAUUGGUUUCUAUGCUUAGGUUGUUUACCAUGUUUCAAAUUUGUUAAAUCUAAGUUGUUAAUGUCUCAAUUCAAAGUAAGUCAAAACAAAGAAUGUAUUCUUAGGAACCUCAUUGCAUUGGAACAAUGUCACUAUUCAGAACAACCUUUUAUAUGCAACUAUGUUUCUUUAAUUGAUUCUCUUAUCAAUACACAAGAGGAUGUUGAAAUUUUGGUUGAUAAGGAAAUCAUUGCUCAUGAACUUGGAAGCCAUGCAGAAUUGGCAACUAUGAUAAAUGGUUUGUGCAAGAAUGUUGUGGUAACAUGCAAUUAUUAUGGAAAAACAUCAAAGAAGUUGAAUAGUCAUUAUUAUAACAGUUGGAAGAAUUAUAUGGGAGUGUUAAGAUCAGUGUAUUUUCGCGAUCCUUGGAGAUUCACUUCGGUUAUUGUAGGUGUUGUUAUCUUCUUAGUUGCUAUUGUCAAUUUACUUCGUCUUACUGGUGUAUAUCAUCCAAGAUACUAGAUUGUUGUGUUUUUUCUGUUGUAAUCUUUACCUUUUUCUUGUAUUGUUGUUCAACUAAUAAUGAAUCUUGUAUUGUAUUGUAUUGUUUCAAUUGCAUUACUUUUACCAUUACUAUUGA